AUGACGUCCUUACUUCCCUUCCUCCUCAUCGCUUUGGGUGGGUUACUCAAUCUCACAAACGCCGAAUAUACCGGCACGGAUUGCAAUCCCCUCAACAAAACAUGCGACGCGGAUCCUGCCCUCGGCACCGAGCAUACAUGGCUGUUCAACUCGACCCUCGACAGCGAGCUAUGGGACAUGAGAACCGGAACACUGGACUACACAUCUGAGGGAGCAGACUUCACGAUCAAAACCGAGAAUGCGUCGACCCUCCUGGUAUCCAACUUCUACAUCUUCUUCGGAGUAAUGGAAGCGCACGUCAAAAUGGCCAAAGGAGCCGGCAUUAUCAGCAGUGUGAUCUUGCAAUCCGAUGAUCUGGACGAGAUUGACUGGGAGUGGGUGGGAUACAACACUAGCGGGGUUCAAUCCGACUUUUUCGGAAAAGGAAACACGACUACCAGUGACCGAGGCGGAUACCAUGCUGUUUCGAAUGCUGAUACCGAAUGGCACAACUAUACCUCAUACUGGGAUAAGGAUCGCCUUGAAUGGUGGAUCGAUGGUGAUCUGGUUCGCACAGUGAACUACUCUGAACCUUUGACUGUUUAUGGCAAGAAUUACCCGCAAACGCCAUGUCAAGUAAAGGUCAGCAACUGGCCGGUUGGUGUUAAGGGCCAGUCAGUUGGUAAUCUCGAAUGGGGCGGUGGUCUGGUCAAUUGGACGAAUGUACCAUUCACCAUGUCGGUACAGAAGAUCCGUGUGCAGGACUUCCAUAGUGGGAAAGAGUAUAAGUACUCUGGGCAUACAGGAACGUAUGAGAGUAUUGACGUAGUCAGCGGCAACUCGACCGCAAAGACGCAAAUCAAUAAAAAACCAGCAGAAACCUUGGCUCAGAAAUGGGAUGACCUCGGAACCGGAGCACACAUUGGGGUUUAUGCGGGUGCUGCCGUCGCAGGUGCCCUUCUUAUCAGUGCAUUUGCGUGGUUUUGUAUUCGCCAACGGCGAGAUGGGAAACUUCAACGCGCGCUCCACGACGGUCAAAAUGAUGCGGAGCUCAUUAAUUUGGCAGAAAACAAAAUGAGGUGGAGGCAAAGUGAACUAUUCCGCCAGAACCAGAAGUAUCAGCCAGUUCCUUGA